CAGUCAUUCGAGCAGUCCCUUUCGAUCGAAAUUCCGGCAAAAAAGGCAAAACACAGAAAAUAACUAAAUUACACGGUGCAACAAGAUGAAUCCAUUUCGGCCACAUCAAGGUCCGAAUUUUCGCAUUCGCCUGAACUUUGAUCGCAUGCCGGGUCAAAUAGAGCGUAUUAUCCAACGAUCGAUCAACCGAUCGGCAGAUAGACGUCGAAUCACCCAAAUGCCAGCGAUCCGAUUGCGCAUCGAUCACCAUCGGGAUGUGGAUAGAUUUCUGCUCAAUUUGCGUAUACUGCUGCAGCGACGGAGGACGGACUUUAAUUUGGGAGCCGGCGAUAGUAUCGACGUGUGGAACUGGAGGGAGCCUUCGUUGCCCACCGGUUUGAUGGGCGAUGGUGAUGGCGAUGGCUAUGGUGAUGACGUAGGUGCAAAUGAUCCACCACAACGGGCACUACCACCAAACGCCUAGGAUCUGUUCCUCCUCUUAUACAACUCUUAGCAUCGGUAUCUUCUGUCUCUUCUCUUCCUGUGUGUGAUGUUCUUUUUUACGUUUCUGAGCGUUGUCCACAAAAAAAAAGAAGGAAAAUGCCAUCAUCAGCUAAAAGCCCCAAGACCCCAAACAAUCCACUGCCACUCCCACCUGAACCAGUAACCAACAGAGGAGAACAGACUCUGUUCUGUUCUGUUCUGGACGCAUGUUGUGCUAUUAUUAUAUCCCCGCUGGGUUCUGGGUUGAUUUUUCCUGCCCCCAAGAAUUUGAGGGGCUUUGCAAUCGGAGGACACGCUGAGGCACACGCAUAUAAAAAUUUCCUGCUCAAUGAGCAAUUAUCGUAAUAAAGAUACAACUCUGCUACUCUA